AUGAGUGCAUCCACCACUGUGAAGGUCGAGGACCAAGUUCCCGACACCCAGGAGGCCUCUCAAACCGCUAAUGGUAGUGCCCCACCUGUCAACUGGGAGUCCGAGAUUCAGCUUGUGUCCUCAUUAGCAAAACUCCAGGAACUUGAACGAAAAAUUCAUGAAUUGCGCCACCUGGUGCCCAACAAGCUCUUGGAGCCACUAGCCAGCCUCUCAUACCAAAGCGAGCCAUCAAGUAUCUCAUUUGCAGACUCUCCGGUCCUUUUGCGCAAUGGACUAGAUCAAGCCGCGCGCACUCAGCUCGCCAAUAUCGAGAGCUUCAAGUCCACGUGGCAGGGCCCAGACCUGACGCCUGUCUGGGCACAUGUCGAAUCCCGCAUCAAGGAAUCUAAUGGUCAAAUCCUGCAACCAACGGGACUGUGGGAACGAGACUAUGAUGUGAUUCUAGAGGAACUGCUCCAAACUGAGAAGAGCAAAGAAGAGGAGCGUCUACGUGAGGAAGAAGAGGUUGAGCGGACCAAGGCACAGGCUUCAGAGAGUGGUUGGCAAGGAGUCGUUGAGAGCUUUAUUCAACGGAACGUGCCUGGGGUUCGUAUCAUCAAGGGACAAGGAGCGCAGUCGCUGGCGAUCGCGCUUUCGAAGGCCGGAAUUAUCUUCCAUGUCGAGGGGUUGAAGGAGAAUGAUGUCCCGGGAGUGGCCGAGUGGCAUGUUUCGAGCAAAGCGCCGCCAGGACGAGUGCCAACGAAGAUGGAGAAUUCAAUCAUUGAGUGUCUGAACUCGCGGUCACGGAAGUGGGAUCUCGCGUUCUUGUUGGACAUGAUAUCUUCAUAUGCAGAUCUCAAGCAGACUACAUGUGUGAAGUGUAACAAGCUCACCAACGACUCUGCCCAAUUGCCGAUCAUUCGACGAGCCCAGUCCACCAAUCCUUCGACGCAGGAUCCACGAGUCUUCGCAUUCGAUGCAUUGCAUUCUAGCUGUGCCUAA